AUGGCAGGAAAGAUCGAUCCCCUUGGGGAUUCCGACGCCAUCAAGUCGGCACCAGAAACCGGGACCCCCGGUGUGAUCUCCGAGACAUCCUCGGCCAACCUCGACGAUGCGUACCACGUCUUCAAGGAGACGAGCACGCUCGACGCCACGCCCGAGGAGUCGAAGCAGGUCCUGCGCAAGAUCGACCGGCGCAUCGUGCCCAUCUUGUUCUUCACGUACAUGCUGCAGUACCUGGACAAGAACUCGAUCAACUUUGCCGCGACGUUUGGCCUGAAAGAGGGCACAAACAUUGAUGGAGGGCAGUACUCGUGGUUGGGCUCUAUCUUCUAUUUCGGCUAUCUCAUCGCGCAGUUUCCCGCCGGAUACUUGUUACAAAGACUUCCGACCGGCAAGUUUACGUCCUUGACGACCAUCGCCUGGGGCAUCAUCCUCAUGACCACACCGGCAUGCCACAACUUUGGAGGCAUCGCAACCAACCGCUUCCUCCUCGGACUCACCGAAUCGAUCAUAAACCCGGCUUUUGUGUUUAUCAUGUCUAUGUGGUACACCGCGGCAGAGCAGCCGUUACGUUUAGAGACAUACUAUUGUACUAACGGGAUAGCGACCAUGUUCGGGGGUCUCGUCGGAUAUGCAGUUGGCCAUAUUACGACCGGCCUCGCCCAGUGGAUGUACGUCUUCAUCAUCUUCGGCGCGCUCAGUCUGGUCCAGGGCAUCAUCAGCCUGAUCUGGCUGCCGGACCUCCCGGCGACGGCCAAGUUCCUGAACCCCAAGGAGCGAAUCAUUGCUGUCGAGCGGGUCUCGCGGAACCGGCAGGGCGUCAAGAACCAGCACUUCAAGAAGGAUCAGGCGAUCCAGUUCCUCAAAGAUCCCAAGACAUGGAUCCUCUUCGUCAUGGCGACGGGCGCGCAGGUGCCCAACUCGGCACUCACGAGCUUCGCCAGCCAGAUCAUUGCCGGGUUCGGCUUUGACGCGCUGGGCACGCAGUACAUGCAGAUCCCCGGAGGCGCGGUGCAGUUCCUCGCGCUCAUCACGGGCGGCGUGGUGUGCUCCAAGUGGCCGGGGCUGAGGUGUGCGACCAUGACGUUUGCCAACAGCGUGUGCAUCCUCGGUGCUGGACUUCUCGUGGGGUUGCCCUUGACCAACAAGUGGGGACGACUGGUUGCCCUCUGGCUGUGCUACUUCCAGGGCCUGGGCUUCAGCAUGUCCCUGACCAUGGUGUCGUCCAAUGUUGCCGGCUCGACAAAGAAGCAGCUUACUUCGGCGCUCCUCUUUACGGGUUACUGCGUGGGCAACAUUAUCGGCCCGCAGACGUUCAUUGACUCGGAGAAACCGUACUACAAGAGCGCCUACGUUGCUAUGCUGGUCGGCUACUCGGUCAAGCUUGUCGCCAUUCUGGUCCUGUAUGUGUACAUGUACCGUGAGAACAAGCGCCGUGACGCUCUUGGCCCCGCGGACGAGAGGGCUGCGGUUGAGCUGGGCAUGCACGACGUCACUGAGUUGGACAACCCUGGGUUCCGGUACUCGUUGUGA